CUUUAUCACUUCUAUAAAUUUCAAAUUUUUAAACACCUGUAAAUCAAGCAAAUAUAAAGGAAAUUUCUAGAACACAAGAAAAUUCUACAAACAGAAAUUAUAGUUACUAUAUAAAAAUGGAUUGUUGUACAUUUUCUUUGGUGCUAGUCUUCUUUUUUUUUCUCAUUUACAUCCCUACUUCAACCUCGGUUCCUUUCGUCCUCCUCCACGGCGUAGGACAAACCUGUGCUGAUAAAAAAGUAUCAUACUUUACAAAUCAAUUAAGCAAUUGGUCAGCUACUCAAGGAUAUUGCUUAGAGAGCAGCUAUAGUAGGUUUAACUCUUGGUUCUUAACCUUGGAGAGCCAAGCUUCAAUUGUCUGCAGCAGGGUGAAGGAAAUGAAUGAGCUUAAGCAAGGUUUUCAUAUGAUCGGUCUUUCACAGGGUGCCAUAAUUGCGAGAGCUGUAUUAGAAUUCUGCGAUGGAGCACCACCUGUGAAGAACCUUAUCACAUUAGCUGGAGCUCAUGCAGGAACUGCUUCCACCCCUUUUUGUCGAUUUAAAGUGUUGUGCGCUUUAUCAGCAUACGUUCUCAAUUUUUUCAUCUACACCAACUUCGUCCAAGAUCAUUUGGCAGCGAGUGGUUAUAUUAGGAUUCCAAGUAAUGAACUUAAAUAUUUUAGCAAAUCGAAAUUCCUGCCAAAGCUUAACAAUGAAAUACCCGAUCAAAGAAACGAGACAUACAAGGAAAGGUUCACGGGUUUAGAGAACUUGGUGCUGAUUAUGUGCAAAGACGAUAAAGUUCUGAUCCCGCGGGAAACCUCAUGGUUCGGGCAUUUUUCUAAAACUAUUUUCAGCGAAGUGUUACGUCCACAACAGACAUCACUAUAUGUAGAAGAUUGGAUUGGUUUAAAAGCACUUGAUGAAGCAGGAAAGGUAAAGUAUAUUGGUGUACGAGGAGAUCACCUUGACAUAUCAGACAAUGAUAUGAAAGAACACAUUGUGCCCUACUUGAAGAUCAAAAAAUCCACGGAAUUGGUGCGUUACCAGGAAUCCAAGCACAUUUCGAAAGAGAUGUCAACAAAAGUGAUGGUGCCUUAUAGGGAACCUAUGCACAUUCCGAAGGAAAUGUCAACACAAGAGGUUUCUUAUCGAAAACCUAAGCGCAUUACGGGACCUAUGAACAAAGAGUUGAAAUUGGAUAGGGCCACAACGCCCCGUGUUGUGUAUAACUGGAGACCAACCAUGUUGACGGUAAGAAGGCAAUGUCUAAAAUAUGUUCAGGUGAUAAGACGCUAAGACACCAAUUAUAGAAAAUUCUUUCAUCAAGUAUUACCAAAUGGUACAAUCUAAAGUGGAGAAUAGUUUUGGUGGUUUUGAGAAACACAAUCUGAUCAUGUCUUAAAAGCCCUAACACUACAUAUUGAUAUUCUAUAGGCUAUAGCCAAUGGAAUUCGGAAUCCGUGAACCAUAAGGACAAUGCCCUACUAGGGCAAGGAGUCCAAGAAAAAUUGAUUAUCGGAUAAAGAGUCAAAGAAAAAUUGAUCAUCCUAUUAGUGGUGGGAAUCUAACAUUUAACACAAGAGAACAACUUACACAAGAAUAGAAAAAAAAUUUUAAAAAUAAAAUGUCAACGUAAGAUUCUCUAUUUAUAGCUCUAAAUUUAAGAGAAAACUAUUUAUAUAAAUGUUCCAUUUGAGAUCUAA